ACGCGUCAACUGCCUUUCUGGAAACUCAAACCUCUUCUCACCCCACCCCUCAUUAUCCUAAUAGGCGUGACUUUUUAAAUUAAGAAUGUUUACGUUAGUAGUGUUUAUAUUUAUUUUUGCCUGUGAUUUUGGAUUUUCUCAACGAAGUCCAACCAUUUCUUUCAUAUCCCAGGAAAAGGUUGUUGAUGUGGGAGAUACAGUAGAGCUAGAAUGUCAAGUUCAGUAUGCUGAAGAUUAUUCGGUUGUUUGGGUGAAGACAAAUCCAGAUCAGCCAUCAGAUCAAUUAUUCAUUUCAUCCAAUACAAACCAAAUUGUUCCUGGAGAGCGCUAUGCUAUUAGAUUCAAGGAUGACACCAAGACUUAUGUUUUGAAGAUUAAUAAGCUGCAAGAAAUUGAUGCUGGGCUGUAUGAAUGCCAGAUUAUUAUAGGGGCCGCCAGUAAGCUGCGAGCCAAUGUGUGGGUUCAUGUAAGAUUACCACCUGUCAUAUCGGACAACAGCACCAGAUCUGUGAUCACGAGUACGGGAUCAACAGUGGAUAUGCAUUGCUUUGCUUCUGGCUAUCCGAAGCCCCGAAUCUCUUGGAGGAGAGAAAACAAUGAGCUUCUUCCGACGGGUGGUGCAAUGUUCAUCGGCAGCAAGUUUACCAUCUUUAACAUCACAAAGGAUGAUAGGGGCACAUAUUACUGCAUAGCAGAUAACGGUGUUGGUAAAGGUGCUCGCAGAAAUAUUGGAUUAGAGAUAGAAUUUCGCCCCUUCGUGACUAUCGAGCGUCCUCGUUACGGCCAGGCGUUGCAAUUUGACCAGAUCCUGGAGUGUCACGUGGAAGCAUUUCCUUCUCCCUCCAUUGUGUGGAUAAAAGACAAUAUGCAAUUGAAUGAUAACCAGCACUACCAGAUAUCAAUCUAUCCCACUGCGGACGAGUUCACCGACACGACACUCCGCAUCAUCACUGCCGAGAAGAGGCAGUACGGCUUCUACACCUGCAAAGCUACCAACAAGCUGGGAUCCCACGAGAAAGUCAUCGAGUUUUUCGAGACACCCAACGUUAUUUGUCCUCCAGCCUGUGGUGUAGAUCUGUACAGAUCGGAUUCCAGCAGGAAUACUCUCAAAUUCCACACUCUGUUUGCUGCAUUAUUUGUUGUGGUAUUCUUCCUCUAGACAAUUCAGUUUAUUUGAUUUUAAUGGGCAUCUUUUCACUACAAUAUUCACCUUCAUUAUAAUGGAUUGCAUGUUUAUGUCACAGGCACUGCUUGAAGUAAUUUAAAAAUGUCUAAAACAUGACAUAUAUAUUUUUUUUUUAAAAAGUUUUAUUUUAAAAACAGAAUUCUGCAUACACAUGGAAUGAAUGUUAUUAUUUUUAAUAACAUGAGUUGGUUUUUCAAUCAAAAAUGAUUUUAUCUGCUAAAAUUAUAGAUCUGAUAUUUUCUAUAGAUUAUGUUUUAUGUGCGUGUUGCUAUUUAAAAGAGAAAAAAUGUACUUAUUUUUUUUUUAAUAACUUUAUUGUAGCAUAGCUAUAGUAAUGAGUGAGCUGCUGAGCUAAUUUUUACAAAAACAAAUUUUACCUGUUUAUUUGUUUUUCUUGCAAUUUAUGUGAUUUUUGUUUGUGUGUGUUUAGGUUGAUGAAAAAUUGUCUUAAAAUCACUUUUUCAAUCAUAAGAUAAAUUAUUUUUCUUUCAAUCAGGUACUGGAAUUAGCUCAUUGAAUGGGCAAUAUUUAAGGUAGGCUAUAUUGAUUUUGUCAGGCUUGGUGCAUGAACAAAAUAAGUCUCAAAUUGUUAGUGAGAGCCUAAAGGACUAAAGGUUUGUAUAGUUUUUCCCAUCUUUAUUUCCACAAACGAGGCGUUACAAUUGUGCACUAACUAAGGUAGUUUCUCAACCAUUAAAGGCCAAGUGAAAUAUUUCAGUGGACCGUUAUUAAUAUGAACCAUAAUCCUUACACAUAGGAAAUUGUGUCACUAGUGAACAGCGUCACCAGUUUGUUUUGGAUCAUUUACAUACAAUGAAAAAUAUUUGGAUCCUAAACUUAUAAUUAAAAUAUAUUUUAAUUCAAAUAUUAGUUUUGUUGUUCAAAUAGCAAAGUAGCGAAACCAAAUUAUGUGUAGGUAAUACAUAAAAAAUACAAGCAAUUAGAAAAUUAAUUUUAAAAAAAGUCAAUUUAAUCUGAUUGUUACUAACAGGGUUGCCAUAGGUGACUAAAAUGCAACUAAUUUCAACCAUUUUCUACCUGAGGCAACUAUGGCUACUUUUUUUUGCCUGAAAAGGCUAUAAAAGCAACUAUUUUCAGGAAAGGGAGACUUUUCUGUGCUCCUAGCAAUGUUUUUUUAAGCAUAAAUUGGGUUGACAACCUGUGGCCCGCGGUAGCUUCUGAACGUAAUGAAUUUUUUUUUCCUGAAAAAUAAAAAAAAUAUUGAAUUGCAUAUUUGAGUCACUUUUUAUUCACUUUUGCUUGAUCACUUUUUAAUGCGCUCAACUUGCAAAGGUUCCAUUGUGAAUCUAUUUUGUUUCUCAAUCGCCUUUUCAACAAUUAUUGCUACGAAACUCUGCAUGAUUUUAAAGAACCCAAUUUUUAAUAUGAUACUAUGAGGCAUAAAUUUCGAAUUUUAGUA